CCGUGGAGGUGGCGCUGGGGACUGUUUUCUCUCGGAGGCCUGAGCGGAGCCGCGUCUGAUUGAGGCGGGCGGCAAGCGGCCCCCUCGCUCCCUCCCUCCCUCCUCCGCGCCCUCCCCGCCGCCGCUAGCCGCCAACCGCCAACCGCCGCGCCCGGGGAGGAGCCGCGGCCCGCGGGGCCGGAGCCAGGCCUGCGUCCGGACAUCAGCCGGAGCCGGAGCGAGAGCCGGGGCCUCGGCGUCCCCGCCCUCUCCCCGCCUCAGGGCCAGCGUCCGCCGGGCCUCCGCGCGUCGCGCCAUGGACUCGGACGAGGGCUACAACUACGAGUUCGACGAGGACGAAGAGUGCAGCGAGGAGGACAGCGGCGCCGAGGAGGAGGAGGACGAGGACGACGAUGAGCCGGACGAUGAUAACCUGGAUCUGGGCGAGGUGGAGCUGGUGGAGCCGGGGCUGGGCGUCGGCGGGGAGCGGGACGGACUGCUGUGCGGGGAGACGGGCGGCGGCGGCGGCAGCGCUCUGGGGCCCGGAGGUGGCGGCGGCGGCGGCGGCGGCGGCGGCGGGCCGGGGCAUGAGCAGGAGGAGGAUUACCGCUACGAGGUGCUCACGGCCGAGCAGAUUCUGCAACACAUGGUGGAAUGUAUCCGGGAGGUCAACGAGGUCAUCCAGUGCAUAUUGGGUACUUCCAGACGUAUGAAUUCAGUGAUGCAAAGGACAGGAGGGCUGCAGCAGCAAAGAAUCCAGCAACUAUCACAAGAAUACUCCUUAGCCACUUCAAUUGGGAUAAAGAGAAGCUAAUGGAAAGGUACUUUGAUGGAAACCUGGAGAAGCUCUUUGCUGAGUGUCAUGUAAUUAAUCCAAGUAAAAAGUCUCGAACACGCCAGAUGAAUACAAGGUCAUCAGCACAGGAUAUGCCUUGUCAGAUCUGCUACUUGAACUACCCUAACUCGUAUUUCACUGGCCUUGAAUGUGGACAUAAGUUUUGUAUGCAGUGCUGGAGUGAAUAUUUAACUACCAAAAUAAUGGAAGAAGGCAUGGGACAGACUAUUUCGUGUCCUGCUCAUGGUUGUGAUAUCUUAGUGGAUGACAACACAGUUAUGCGCCUGAUCACAGAUUCAAAAGUUAAAUUAAAGUAUCAGCAUUUAAUAACAAAUAGCUUUGUAGAGUGCAAUCGACUGUUAAAGUGGUGUCCUGCCCCAGACUGCCACCACGUUGUUAAAGUUCAAUAUCCUGAUGCUAAACCUGUUCGCUGCAAAUGUGGCCGCCAGUUUUGCUUUAACUGUGGAGAAAAUUGGCAUGACCCUGUUAAAUGUAAGUGGUUGAAGAAGUGGAUUAAAAAGUGUGAUGAUGACAGUGAAACCUCUAAUUGGAUUGCAGCCAACACAAAGGAAUGUCCCAAAUGCCAUGUCACAAUUGAGAAGGAUGGCGGUUGUAAUCACAUGGUCUGUCGUAACCAGAACUGUAAAGCAGAGUUUUGCUGGGUGUGUCUUGGCCCUUGGGAACCACAUGGAUCUGCCUGGUACAACUGUAACCGCUAUAACGAGGAUGACGCAAAGGCAGCAAGAGACGCACAGGAGAGAUCCAGGGCAGCCCUGCAGAGGUACCUGUUCUACUGCAACCGCUACAUGAACCACAUGCAGAGUCUGCGCUUCGAGCACAAGCUCUACGCUCAGGUGAAGCAGAAGAUGGAGGAGAUGCAGCAGCACAACAUGUCCUGGAUCGAGGUGCAGUUCCUGAAGAAGGCGGUUGACGUCCUCUGCCAGUGCCGCGCCACGCUCAUGUACACUUACGUGUUCGCCUUCUACCUCAGAAAGAACAACCAGUCCAUUAUCUUCGAGAAUAACCAAGCAGAUCUAGAGAAUGCCACAGAGGUGCUCUCGGGUUACCUCGAACGAGAUAUUUCCCAAGACUCUCUGCAGGAUAUAAAGCAGAAAGUACAAGAUAAGUACAGAUACUGUGAGAGUCGACGAAGGGUUUUGUUACAGCAUGUGCAUGAAGGCUAUGAAAAAGAUCUGUGGGAGUACAUUGAGGACUGAGAAUGGCCCUGCAUAAAAUGAACUCUGAAAACUUUACCAUCUAGAGUGCUCAUGCAAUUAAAACAAACAAAACAAACACAAACAAGGAGGCACUAAGCCUAUUCUGACACCGCUGGUCUGUAGUACCAGAAUUCUGUUUUGUUAACGGAAAGUUUAAGUAAAUUAUAUUGUAAUAAAAAAAAGGUAGAUAAACCAUUGUACAACAGUAUUCUAGGCCGCCAACAAAAGUGUGACAGACACACUAAAAGCCCUCCAACUUUAACUUGUAACGUAGCUUCAUUCUCCAAGCUGACUCCUUUUUUUCAUUUUCUUUUUCCUGAGUGUAGUACAGUUAAAAUUUAAAACUGCUCCUUGACACUGCUUUUCAUGUCCAAACCAGCCAUUUUGUUGUACUUUGGUAAAGGACCUCUCCCGUUUCUCCCCUACACAUACAGAUAUACCCACACACACAGACUGUCUCUCUCUCAUACCCCAAGGUCAUGAGUGAAUAAUGAUUAGUUCCUUGUAAAGAAAAUUCCUCGGGCGGGGAAGAGGGUAGGCAGAAAGAGGAAUUAAAAAAACAAAAAAAACUUUGUAUAUGACUUUUAAAACAAGAGGACAACACAGUAUUUUUCAAAAUUGUAUAUAGUGCAUAUGCAUGGACAAAGCAAGCGUGGCACGUGUUUGCAUAAUGUUUAAUUACAAAAAGUAUUUAUUCUUUAAAAAUCUUCAAGAUUAUGUCUAUUUGCUGUGCAUUUUCUUUCAGUUUGCUUUAUCUUUCCAGGGUUGAGGGUUGGGAUAAAAGGUGUGUUGGUUUAGCACCUCUGGAAGACCUAACUAGAGUUCUUUGAUUUCCCUUUCCUGAAACUACUUUGCCCUCUCUGGUUUUGAUGUAUUUGUUGCUGGCCCUGGGUCUCAUGCCCGGAAUUGCCAGCUCCUGGUCGAGCACAGAGAGGUCAAGCUCUGACUAAAUGCCGUGGCUUGAUAAGGGCUGCAACAGGGAGCUUUAUUGCUGCCACUGAAGCAUGACCCAGUCUCCAGCCUCAUCCCUCUCCGCAGCCUCCUACAUCUGUGUAGGCCUUUGUGUGCCCGUGUCAUACACACAGCUGAAGGCUUCCUAGGCUUCCUGUCAAAUCCAGAGGACACAUUUCAAAAAUUUGUCCCUUUAAUUGCUGCUUUGAGCCUUUUAAGAUUUUAGUUAUGGCUCUUCUCUCACCCCUUCUUUAUGUUAGGGUGUCAAAUAGGACGUUUUUGCUUUAAAUAUAAAUAUGAAUAAAUAGCCAUUCACUUAGAUUCAGAUUGUGAAUUAAAAAUGGCAGAUACUGAAAUUGCUUGUGUGUGUUGCUGUGGGUUCAGUUUGAAGGCAAACAUCCUAGAACUUGAUAUUCCCAUCUAGUGCAUUUAAAUAGAAAUCUUUGCUUCUUUUCUAUUUGUCAACAGAUAGGAGAAUUAAUAAGGCGUUUUAGCUGUGAUGUCCAUUUUUAUGAAAUUUCUACUAAGAGCUAUGUUAAAAGUAAAGGAUGGUGAUGGUUUUAUUAACUAUGUAUCUGUUUAGGCCAUUCUGGCUGUGGUAUUUUUCAUCCCUAAAUCUGUCAGUUUUAUACAGGAGUACAGAGUGAACUAGGCAACUAGAUGAGGUCUUAAUACUAAAUACCACUUCUGGCUGAAGGACCUCUUUGUCUUCCUCUAAAUGUCUUGCGCCUAGGGAGUGUUUACCUUUUGUGAGGCAGCUUUGUCUGCUCUUGCACCGUACAUCUUACUACUCCAUUGGGAAGUAGGUUCACUUUCCUCUGGCCUUUUGCCUAAGUUAGGCUUUGCUAAAUCAACCCUACUUUUCCUUUUAGAAAAGGUUGUUACAUGAGAUGUACUUGCAACUGUUCUUUUCCCAUCAGAAAUCAGUGAAUGUUUGCUGAGUAUAUUAUGCUGCUUUCUUAAACCACUUGUCGCUCUAGGAUCAACUUUACCUAUACCUUUUGUCCUCCCCUCCCUUGCCACUUCAGGUGCAAAUCUGAACUCAGUGUCUGCUUCUUCCUUAUUCUCUUCUCCUUCCCUUUCCCUGUCAACCAUUUGAUUUUAUUUUAAAUGACUGCAUCAAUCUUAAAAGACAUUUAUCAAAACUAAGGAUUGAUUUUUUUUUUUUUUUUAAGAAAGCUUGAAUAAGUUCCUUUCCCUGGUAACUUUGAAAAGCAGCCAGAGUGCUAUCUAGGUAUAUGUGGUCCCCUUAAAAUGUUUUGUGUAUAUGUGGUGUUUUAAGAAAUAUCUUACAUGGUUAACUACAGCAUCUAGAUUUGAGUGUCAUAAAUCCUUUUUACACGCUCCCCUUACAAGAGGUAUCCAGAAACAGUGUGUGCACUUCAUAAUAAUAGCCCCCACCCGUGGAAGAACAGUGCUUUUUAGAGCUGUUUUCUAGUUUCAAUGUUGGCAUCUUACCUGAGGGUAUUGCAGUUGUGGGUGCAUUCCCUAAUAUGUAUGGAUCAAGAUGAAUCGGCCUUUUCCAGUUCAAGCUUUUAACAACUGUCUCCAUAUCUGACAGAACUCCCAUCAGUUAAUCACUUUCAUUGUCAGUAACUUCGGUGAUCUCAGCUGGGAUAGGUCUUAAGCCAUAUGAUAUGGCUUCCCUGUUUCACCUACCUAAGUGUUUCUGUCAGAGGGGUCUAUUCAUGGUUAGCACCAGGGUCUCCCUUGUCUUUUUGAGGUCUUCUGAAAACUGCAUGCAUCAUUUGAGCAAUUCAUUGAGCAGUAGAUGGACUUAAAUAAUUUACAAUAAAAUUGUUGAUCCAAAGCGCAGGACUACAAACCACAGUGGUAAAAUUGAGUAGCAUAUAUCAUCAGACUCUAAAUUCUAUGUAAUCCGCUGCAACCCAGAUUGUAUGUGUUUUAUGUGUGUUUAAAUAAAUACACGAAAUACACGUGUAUACAUACACACAAAUAUUGCAGAUCCAAGAUUGACUGACUUGAUUUGAAAUGGUUGAAUCUGCAGUGUAAAAUGUGGAUCAGCCAUGAUUAGGAACUGAAAUUUAGCAUAAGAGAGAAAAGGACUUGAUGUACAAAAAUCCCGGUAUAGAGCACUUGGGGAAUGGGAGGGGGCGGGUUGGUGAGACAAUCAGAUCGGUAAAUUGAUUAAAUGCUCCUAACCCUGUAAUUUUGUGCGUAGAGCACACUGUGCUGUGGAAAUAACUGUUCUUAGAUUUUCAUUGUAACUGGACUGUUCAGGUUGCCUAGAGGGAAAGAACAUUCCUAAUUCUAAUAAAAUAAACUUUUAUUUUGUUAUUCCA